CUUGUCAAAGUGAUGUCAUCACGCACGACGAGCUUUGUUGACUUCCUGGUUGCUGCGUUUCUAGAUAUCAUUAGCAAGAUACUUUACAUUGGAGGUUAAGUAAACGUCAUCACAUUCAAUAUCGACAUUAAAAUUAAUCAUUAAAACAAGAAUAACAGAGCUCUUAAUUUCACAAUGUUAAUAUUUGACCUGUCAGACAAACAAUUGAUUAGUUGAGCCGGAUUAGCUAGCGACGUUAGCUCGUUAACGGGAAUUAGCUAGCUAACAUACAACAAGACAUGAUGGCGACGAACUACAACCACAACCCAAAGGACGAAGACGGCCACCCUGCUGGGGCCGCGGGUCCAGGUGGAGCGGGUAAUGACAGAAGCAGGAAGCCUGACAACACUGCCUUCAAGCAGCAACGAUUACCAGCGUGGCAGCCCAUACUCACGGCGGGCACUGUGCUGCCAGCUUUUUUCGCUAUUGGCGUCAUCUUCAUUCCCAUCGGAAUCGGCCUCUACGUAACAUCAAACAACAUUAAAGAGUUCGAGAUCGAUUACACCGGGGUUGACGCAUCAAGUCCCUGCUUCAACUGUUCUCAGAACUACAGCUGGAACAAUACAAAACCAUGUACAUGUUCUGUGUCCUUCGUACUAGAUAAGGCUUUUGAGGGCAGUGUUUUCAUGUACUAUGGUCUGUCCAACUUCUAUCAGAAUCACAGACGUUAUGUUAAGUCCAGGGAUGACAGGCAGUUGAAUGGCGACACAUCAGUAUUGACGAAUCCCAGCAAGGAAUGUGAGCCAUACCGUACCGAUGUGAAGCCCAUUGCCCCCUGUGGAGCCAUUGCCAACAGUUUGUUUAAUGAUACUUUGGUGCUAAAUUACAUCAGUCUCAACGGAACACCAAUUUCAAUUCCUCUUGUGAAGAAGGGCAUUGCCUGGUGGACCGACAAACACAUAAAGUUCAGGAAUCCAGGGGGGAACAACUCCGAUCUCAUCACUGCAUUCCAAGGUACAACAAAACCAAUAAACUGGGCCAAGCCUGUUUAUGAGCUGGAUACAGACCCAGACAACAACGGCUUCAUUAACGAAGACUUCAUCGUAUGGAUGCGCACAGCAGCUCUGCCCACCUUUCGUAAGCUGUACCGCAUUAUCCAGAAGAACAGCAUGGGUCCGACCCUGCCCAGAGGCAACUAUACUCUGGACGUGACCUACAACUACCCCGUGCGCGGUUUCGACGGACGCAAGCGCAUGAUCCUCAGCACCAUCUCCUGGAUGGGUGGCAAGAACCCCUUCCUGGGCAUCGCCUACAUCACCGUCGGCUCGAUCUGUUUCUCCCUGGGAGUUGUCCUCUUCAUCAUACACCACAAGUACGGGACCCGCAACAACAGUGCAGACAUCACCACCUGAGAAGACCUGCUGCUGCGGCCCACGAUGAACCACCAGCUGAAUGUAUUGAAAGUAUUUUCUGUGAACGCUCAAAACGGUGCCCCCCCCGGUACCCCUGGCCGAAUACAGGUUUCGAUGCGUUCCACCUCAAGCACGCCUGAUCGAACUACGCAAGCCCUUACUUGAAUCAGGUCUGCUUGAGUUGAAAUGAACAAUUAACAGGCUCAAUUCUUGCCGUCAGUUAAAUGUUUUGAUGUAUUAUGUUUCAUCUGUUAAAAACAUUGAAGUUUUGGCCCUGUUGUCAGGCCUUCAUCGCAGUGUGCUUGGGGUGGAAGGCAUUAAAUACCUGGAUCUGGUUAGGGGGGUACCUCAUGUGAUGUUUGGGUACCACUGGUCUAAAAAUGUUGUUGUGUGAUGGAAUUUUGGGAGAAUUCUGCUAUGCAAUUUUAAGAAUAGGCUGCGUUGUGAAACUUCUGAAUCUCCCCAAAAUUGAAAUUUUUCAUCAUGAUCUGAAAAUUGUGUGAAUUAAGGUUAAUGAACAUGUUCUAGAUUUUCUGUAAUCCAUAAUAACAUUUUAUCAAAUUAAGAACUGUGCUUAAAAUGUGUGUUUUAGGUAGGUUUUGUGUGUUGUAUGCUGAAUUGUGAAUAAUUUACUACUAAAUGGGGAAAUGUUUAUUUCAUUUCCAAACCCUGUGGAAAGAUUCAAACUGUUAGGCAUGUUUCCUGUUGGCUUGUUCAAGUAGGAUUGGAGGAAAAUAAUGUCCAAGCCAUACGACUACAUGCAUUAGUUGUAUGCAGCACUGCCACAUCUUCCAAGUUCAUGCAAGUGAAAAGCCAGUUAAAAUUUGUUAUAUUUGGGUUUGAAUUUGAUGCAAUAGAGUAUGUUGCAAUAUUUUUAAACCAGCUUUGCAUAUACUGUCAAAAUAUGUAGUUUCAAAAUUUACCAAGUUUAUCGGGACCAGUUACUUCAGGGAGCCUUGUUCAGAAAUGGCAUUUCUUUAAACUUCAAUAAUUUUUCAGAAUAUUGAUUACCAAAUACAAUUUGCACUUUACAUGUCCUUUGAAUUUGUUACACAAGGUUUUCCUCUAGUCUGGUUUCUUCUUUUGGUUUUAUAUAUUUUGUACUGUAAAUUUUACACCAGUGUACUUUUAUUGCUCUGAAAAUAAAAGGAUGUAUUAACUGCU